UAAUCCGUGGUGGUUUCCCCUUUUGCCUUUUACCUUUUCCGCUUUCCUGUGUCUCGCCCGCGUGGCCGGUCACCGCUCCGCCGCUCCCGCGCUCUGUCGCCGGCCCGCGCGCGCAACCCAAUCGUCUGGCUUCGACGCAGAGCAGGAACGGAUCCCAAAGCGGAGAGAGCGACACGUCAGACUCGUCGCAGCGAGCACUCGGCGAAAGAUAAAAAGAUAAAAAGAAUAACGAAUUUUCAAGAAGGGCAUAGUAACGGCGGUAACGUGGGUGACGUCGUCGUCGCGGAUGUGGCGAGGCCGCGAGGCAUCGAGCUCGGACGCCCCUUGGAAGCAAAGCGAAGUGUAUUAAUUGGCCCCAAGCGGCCUUCUGUCUCUUUCUCUCUCUCUCUCACGCUAUCUCUCGAUCUGUUUCUCCGGCGGCCUUAUAUCUUGCUUUGUACUCCUAUUGGUAUCCCGAUCUAGCGGAAACGUUCAAGGUGCUGAUGAGGUUCGGUCGAACCGGUGGUGGUGAGCGAUGGAAGCAUUUUGACCUGAUCAGCGCAGAAUUGCGAUGGGAACUCGUGAGGAUCGCUGCUUCUUUCCUCUCACGAGUUUGCAGAUUGGGGAUUUGCAGUCCUAUCUCUCACGUUUGACUCUCUUUUUGCCGAUAAGAAGUCAGAAGUUCUUUAUCCUUGUUGAUAACCGUCCAUGGUUGAUUGACCAGGAUUCACGAGCUGCUCACUUGUGGCAGUUAAUGGUUACUAAGUCUAGGUUAUCUCCUUUUGCAAACACCAGAGCUGCUAGAGUGACAAGAAGAGAUAUUGGAAAGAUUUUAGAGUUUACAAAUAGCUCUAGAUCCCUUUCCAUCACUAGAAACAGAUUGCGCAGAUGGUUCUCACUGAUCGAUACUGCUUUAAGUCAAAAGAAAAAGUUGCUCCAUGUCAAGAAACUGAAGGCCUCAUUCCUCUUCAAUAAGGAGUUGCACUGUACAUUGUAUGGAUUCAUUGUUUUCGAAGUACAAUGGGCUCAUGUGCGUGGUAUCAACUACAUCAACGAACUGCAGACUGAUACGUCAAUGGCAUUGGAAGCUAAAUUGAUGAAAAGGUGGGAAUUUGAUAGUAUUGAACAGUCUUGUAGCUGCAUUUCUUCCUGGUAUACAGGGACCUGCAAUGAGAUUAGUCUGCUUCGGGAGUAUUUAGAAAGUAUCUCCAACAAAGGAGAUGUGUUUUACGAUGCUCGGGAAGAUCCUUUUACCACUACUGAAAUGAGGGAAAAUCUUCACAGUGCUGAUGAAUUCCAUGAGGAAAAACAUAAUUGUAGCUAUUCUAAUUUUAUCCCUAUGCUUGAAAGAAUGGAAGAUUCAGGUUCACCCUACACACCACCUGUUUCUGGGCCAUACAAGCGAAGAAAGAUAAUGAAAUCAAGUGUGGGCAGUGACACUGAUGAAGUUUCUGAGGAAGCAUACAGCGAAAUUGUGAGCUCACCAACAAUUUCUGAGUCCUCAUCUUCUUCGUCCAGUUGUGAAUGUGAGCAUGCUAGUUUAGUUUUUGAGGCUAGCACUUACAAGGAUGUGCUCAUCUUAUUCAGAUUUGAUGAUCAUGAUCUCCCAUUUAAGCUUAAGGAAAUAAUUAUGGCUGACUUGAGGCUACUUACAUUAUUGGAGUAUGGACUUCCUUCAUGGGUCAUUUUUCUCCAGUCCUACCCAGUAUUUUGCAAAAUAUAUCGUCCAUGGAUGUGUCCUCUAGCAAGGGCCUUAUAUGUCUUGAUUUCUAUAACCACUGUCCUCAUAGGUUUCUAUGACCUAUAUAAGAAUGUUCCCAUACUAAAGGCAACUGCAUCAAGCUUAUUUGGGCCAUUCUUCGAUUGGAUAGAAUCUUGGGAAAUGAUUUCAAGGAUCAAGUACCUGGGGACUAUACUAUUUCUUCAUAACUGUGAGAAAGCUUUCAAGUGGUUCCUGAUGGUUGCACGUGCUACUAAGUCAUUAUUAUCAGUUUUGACCAAGCCAAUUGCGGGUCCAAUUAUGGAACUUUUUGAAUUUGUCUUCCCCAUCUGGAAUGUAUGGUUUGAUACAGUAGAAAGCUUAAGUUUGAUUGUUUGGAACAUGUUAUCCUCUUCAUGCAGCAUGAUCAUAACUAUAUUGGAUAUCAUUAUUUGGCCUUUCUGGUUCAUCUUUUCUACUUUAUGGAGUAUAGCGGCAUAUGUUAUAUACCCAUUAGUUUGGCUCCUCUGGGAAAUUGUUAUAGCCCCUGCCCGCUUAAUUCUUGCAAUAGCAAGUUAUUUUGGGAUACUUCUCACCAACAUCUACUACGUACUAGAAGGAACCUGGUCAUCUAUAGGCGCUUUGUUUCAGCUUGCUUCUGUAUCUGAAGCAACAGUAGUUACCUAUGAAGUUCCAGUUUGGCGGUCACUUUGGAAUGAUAUAUUUUCCAAGGUAUUUCGAGCAAUUCGAAGCAUUUUUUAUGGUUUUGUUGCUUUCUUUACAACUUGCAACAGACACCGACUAAGCAUCUACAACCACAUGCUUGAGUUUCUCCAUCGUUUUUCUCAUUCCACCUCAAGACGUUCCAAAUCCGACCAAGUUAGGAAGAAGGGAAGAAACCAAAGCCCUGAUGCUUCAUGGACUGUUUUAACUGGCAGAUGCAGCUUGCAGACACCAGAUAAACUUCGUCGAAGGCAGGCAAGGCGGCGAACACAUGAAACAUAGCACAACAGAUUGUAAAACCAGAACUGCAUAUUCUUUCAUUCUUUUCCUCGGACAAAAUAUGUCCUACCCUCUUUGAGAAGUUCUGUAAAUGUCUUAAGCGGGUAUGAAAUCUCUCCCCACAGGCUGAAUGUUAGGCCAUUUUACUUGUAGCAUGUUCGUUAUGGUGCUGAGAAAAUUUCUUCCA